AGAGAGAGAGAGAGAGAGAGAGAGAGAGAGAGAGAGAGAGAGAGGUCGGCUGUGAGUGGAGUGCACACGCGCUGUGUUACAUCCAUCCAUUCUCUUCUCCAUCCAUCCAUCUCCGCCCAUUUAUUACCACCAGAGGUGACGAUCGCGCACCGUCAGUCCUCCGCGUGUGCGCGCGUCCGUAUCCGCUGACAUGAGGAGCUGAAACUGAGCCGACACAAGGAUGAAAAUGCUCCGGUUCCGCAGCCCCAGCAUCCGCUCCUUGGACCAGGAAAUCUUCUGCACCAUCCGGCUACUGGACGACUCCGAGAUCUGCUGCAGCAUCCAGAGAGACACCAGAGGCCAGUUUCUGUUGGAUCAUGUGUGCAACCACUACAACCUACUGGAGAAAGAUUACUUUGGUAUUCGUUAUGUGGAUCCAGAGAAACAGAGGCACUGGCUGGAACCAAAUAAGCCUGUAGUGAGGCAGAUGAAGGCUCAGCAGCCGUACACUAUGUGCUUCCGGGUCAAGUUUUAUCCCCACGAGCCAAUGAAAAUCAAAGAGGAGCUUACCAGGUAUCUCCUGUACCUCCAGCUGAAGAGGGAUAUCUACCACGGACGUCUGCUCUGUCCCUUUGCUGAUGCUGCUUAUCUUGGAGCCUGCAUUAUUCAGGCUGAGCUGGGGGAUUAUGACCCAGAGGAGCACCCAUCAGACUACAUCAGAGACUUCAAGCUGUUCCCAAAGCAAUCCCUCAAACUGGAAAGGAAGAUUAUGGAGAUACACAAGAAUGAGCUCAGGGGGCAGUGUGCUGCAUUUGCCGAGUUGAACAUGCUCCAAAAGGCUCACACGUUAGAAACAUAUGGAGUUGACCCUCAUCCAUGCAAGGACUUCACAGGUGCCACGGCCUUUCUUGGGUUUACAGCCACAGGUUUUGUGGUUUUCCAAGGAAAUAAGAGGAUCCACCUCCUCAAAUGGGCUGACGUCAGCAAGCUGAAGUUUGAAGGGAAAACCUUUUAUGUCAUCGGGAUUCAGAAAGAGAUCUCCUUAACAGGCAGGAUUCACUGUAACAGGAUGUCAUCACUGAAGAAACUGGUGUUGACGUUCCACACUUCGACCCCUGCAGCAUGCAAACAUUUAUGGAAGUGCGGUGUGGAGAAUCAAGCAUUUUACAAGUGUGCAAAGUCGAGUCAGAUAAAGACAGUUUCUAGCAGUAACAUUUUCUUCAAAGGAAGUAGGUUCAGAUACAGUGGAAGAGUAGCAAAGGAGGUGAUAGAAGCCAGCUCUAAGAUUCAAAGAGAGCCUCCAGAAGUGCGCAGAGCCCUGUUUGGUCAGAGUCGAAGUUUUAGCUCUCUGAGUCACAAGAACCUCAUCAUGAACAUGGAACCGCUGGUACCUGCACUGCCCUCCACCAACGAAUAUGAAGACACUGCAACAGACUGUGGUGUUGUGGCUGUUAAGGACUCAGUCCCCCUGUCUCCCCACAAAGCUUCACUCCCAUCCACAGAUGCAGACCAACAAGGUACUGAAGAGGGAAACCCUGUUUUGGCCAAUGAUCUGCAACCUCCUGGUAUUCCCAUGGAGACUUCACCUGUCCAACCUCAGACACACAGCAGUGAGGACCAUGUGGAAGAGGAAGAUGAGACUGGUGGUGCACUUACCAUCUCGGAGCUGAUUUACAGCCCUUGUGCUAGCAUGCUGCCCACCCCAGUGGAUGACAGUCAGGGAGGUGUCGAUUUGCUCUUCUCCUCCCCGACCGAGAGCCCCGCCAGGCUGCUGAGGGAGCUCCACGCUGACCCUGACAUCCAGGCCCAGCUGGAAGCUGAGAGGGAGCACCAUCACGUCUACGAGCAAACCCGACUGGCUGCCAGAAGUCAAAUGGGCAGCAGUCUCCGCCUCCUCUCAUCCAAUGAGAGAGUCAAUGCAUGGGUACUGAGCAUGGCCCGCUUUGUUGCUGUGGCAACGGGUGUUCUGCUCGUCACUGUGCCCACACUACUGCUACUGCUGGAGUCCGACAUCAACGUGUCAUUCCUCCAUGAGAUCCGCCAGACGCCAGAGUUUCAGCAGUUUCAUUAUGAGUAUUACUGCCCGCUUCGACGCUGGGUCCUGUGUAAGAUCAGCAUAGCCAUGGAGAACCUCUGGUCAGACUAAAGCGGAGUGAUGAGGAGAUGAAGAGAUGGAAAUGGACAGGAACAUAUAUGUCUGUCUUAACAUGUAGCGUGAUCUUUUAUUCAGUCUUAGCUGGUGUCUCUUGAGAUGACAGACCUAUAUAAAAUAAAAGGCCCACAGCCAUGAAAGGCAAACAGUAAUUGGU